CUGUGCUUAUGUAUGUAUGUAUGCGAAAGUUGGUGCUUUUGCAAACAUUUUCAUGGUUUCAUUGCACCAGACGCAGACGCCACUUGACACGAUGACAAUACUUGCAUAAGAUUGUAUAAGUCUCAGAUUCGUCUAAUCAGUUAAUUUAUAACCCAAUAAUAAAAUAUAUUGCUCUACCAACUUACCAACCGUACAAUUGAGUUCGUCGCUGCCAUCCUAAUUAAUUCAAACAAGAUUUAUGAACUGAAUGUGUUCUUUGUUUGCAAAAAGUAAAACUGCGACAAUAUCAAUAUAGAAAAUAAACAUUUUUACUUCGCAGUCAAAGGUAUGGUCAUUGUACAUGCAUAAAUAUAUUUUCCAAAUUAUAACAAAACGUUUGACGGAUUGCUUAAAAUGGACGCCAGAAGUGAGUCGAAAGCAAGCAACCAGGUUUUCCGUGUUGUAUCCUGUCAAAGUGCUGUGCAGUAUUUUUUAACAAGUGCUCCCAAUCACAGCCCCACUACCACGAACACUCUGGAUGUUUUUAAUUGUUCCUCCACAAAAUUAAUUGUUUAAGCUAGAAGAAAUGUCGACUCGAAAAUUCACGGAUAAGGAUAACGACGACAAUAUAUGGAAUUUCAAGAAUCUACAACAAUGGGAGCAAGAAGCGGAGGAGGCUGAACGAACACUAAUAAAUUCAAGAAAGACAGGCUACGACGAUGAGGAAGAUUUUAAGCCGGCGAAAAACUUCCAACUCCCAAAUCAGGGUGGCAAACCUAACUUUGGAGGAAGUUCAAAAGCAAAUAGGAUUGAAUUUAUGCCACAUCGAACCUCCCACACCCUGUCUGGAGCUAAACGGAAGAAAGGUUCUGAGGAGAACAAUGACGCAAGUUCUAAAAAAUCGGCAAACUCCAAAAUUAAACCAGACGUAGGUACUUUAGUAAAACCACAGGUUACUCAGCGCUUGCCGAAAGAAGAACAAUCAUCUAUAUGUAUCAAUCAACAAACAUUGUCCCCCGACAAGAACGAACCAGAUCGCUCCAGAUCGAACCAGAUCGCUCCAGAUCGCUCCCUCAAAUGUAUGAAGUAUGGAAGGCAUGGGCUCCUGUUUUAUCAGGAGGUGGAUGAACUUAUUGCAAAUCAAAGAAUUUUUGUCCAACCACUCCGAGGAAAGGACAAGCAACUAAAUGGGCAUAUUCUAAUAAAUUUUUCGAACACAAGUAUUUCAUGUCUCAUGGCUUCGAACAGCAGAAAAUCCCACUCUAGUGCCGAUCUUGACGAUGAUGAAAGUUCAUCCGGAUGCGGCGUUGGCUAUUUCCUAAGAAAUGGGAGCAUGGAUUAUAAUCCUAAAGAAGCCUACUACGUUGAUAUCUACAUGACGACGAAUGCAGUGGCUACAUAUCUUAAAAUGGGUCUCAGAGGAAUGUUGGACGCUGUUUGCGUCCACUGUCCAUCUGAGGACUAUAUGCUGUGCCUGCCUUUUGCGAAACAACUCGUGGAUAUUUUAGGCCAAAGCCCCAAUCUUGCGAAAAUUGUUCCAACUGCUGACUUUGUUCAAACCAAGCAACCGUUCUCAAAGUUCACAGUAGCUUCAAUCCCUAACUACGGGUUUUGGAAACGACCCUCCGAUUCAAACGAACAGAUCACGGUGAACUCUACAUCAUUCAUUUGCAUGGAGAAUCCAGAGUACCAGGAGCAAAAAUGUAGACAAAUCUUGCAUAAACCAUGGGGAGAAAAUGGUGUAAUAUUUUAUGAAGAAGGCGAUUCCUUUGACGAAAUACACAAGCUGUACUUCACGCCCCUCCGUGGAGAAGAUAAAAAGUACAACGGUCAUCUUCUGAUUGCCUUCACAACCUACGAAUCUGUAUGCCGCGGAGCAUCCGAACGUUUGCACCAGUCACUUGGUCACGGCCAGGGGAAAACCAGAGGUUGCGGCAUUAGAUAUUUUCUACAAAGUGGUAAGAUGAUCUACUUUGGUGAUGACUCGAAGCCUCUAAACGUGUAUAUGACAUCCAACCAUGGUGCUGUGACGUUCAAAAUGGGCUUAAGAGCCGCUCUAGAUGCUGUGUGUAUUCACUCACCAUGUCGCAAAUUUCUUGAUAUUAAGCCGUACUUCGCACCCAUAUUGGACGUCUUGAAAAACAUCCCUGAAAUCAGAGUCAUCCUCCCUACUUUGGACCAACUCAACCGAAAAGUACCCUUCUCACGUUUUACCGUCGCUUCGAUCGCAAACUUUGGUUUGUUUAUUCGUGGAUCGGAAGUGACGCCAAACACCCCAUGGAAUUUCCAUCUUGACAAACUCAGUGACAUCCUACUUGAUGCUUCAAAGACAAGCAAGCAAUUAAUGCAUAUGAAUAAUUUUGAAGAUCGACAAGUCUUACAGGCGAUCAAGGAAAACAAAACAAAAGAACAAAACCUCCUCGAUCAAGAAAACUGUGCCAUUAUAGAAUGGUUGAAGACGAACUACAUUGCUUCCAAAGAUCAUUUCGUGUAUAAGAAUGACGUGUAUUUUCAUUACAAGAAUUCAACAAGAAAUCAGACUACGAUUAGUAAAAUGGCUUUCGGUAGGAAGGUUGGUAAAACCUUUAAAGAGAUACACGCGACGAGCGCAAAGGAUGGAAAAUCCAAGCAUAAGGGAAUUGAAAAAGUGGAGGUAAACCAAGCCGACUCUACUGCAAUGUUGUCGGAUUUGGAUGGCCAAUAUGUCCAGCGAGAUGAUAUGGACAAACGAUCAUCUCGUGCGUCACGUCAAAUAACAUCAACUGUUCUAACGCACGAUUGGAUCUUGCGCAACUUUACCAUGGAGGAAAACGAAGAAGUGUUAAAAAGUGAUGUGUACCCGUUGUACAUUGAAAAUUUCGGACAUGAUAAACCUUUAAGCAAAAACUUCUUUAAUAUGGAACUUAAAACAUGUUUCCCGAAUAUAGGAAUAGUAAGACACCAAUACAACGGUCCUGGAUCCGCCAAACGGUAUUAUAAAAAUUUGAAAGCUGCCUGUGGACCGUCAGCCUCCCAUUAUAAGUGUCAUUCUAGUGGUUACUGUAGUUGUUUGAAUUCUGUGGGCUACCCUGCAAAAUGUCAGACUCUCGACGAAGUUAAUGAUACCGCUUGCCGAAAAAUGUGCGGUGGUUUGAGGAUUGCAAAGCGAUGUUCGACUGACGCAGGCUUGUUUUGCACCUGUUUUCAACACCCUUUUUAUCCAUACACAAAAUAGGUGUGACUUUAUUUCUCAUUUAAAAUUAAAAUUAAAUUACAAAUCUGUUAAAAAAAUUGUCCAACUAAAACCUGUAUAGUAAAAUUGAGCCAUUAAAAAACUGAAUCCUCCA